GUCAGGGUCUGACCUAGAGGCGCCUGCCACAGCAGCAGCGGAAGCCGCAGCAGCUACAACAGCAGUCGCAGCGGCCACACCAACAGACGCAGCAGCAGCAGCAGAAGCAGCAGCAGCAGCAGCAGCAGCAGCAGCAGCAGUAGUAGUAAUAGUAGUAGUAGUAGCAGCUGCCGCAGUAGCAGCGGCCACAACAACUACAGUUGCAACAACAGCGGCAGCAGCAGAAGUAAUAGCAGCGGCAGCAGCACAAGCAGCAGCAGCAACAGCUGCAGCAGCAGCCGCAGAAGCAGAGGCAGUAGCAGCCACAGGAGCAGCCAAAGCAGCAGUCGCAGCAGCAACCGCAGCAGCAGCAGCAGCAGCCGGAGCAGCAGCAGCAGCAGCCGGAGCAGCAGCAGCAGCAGCCGAAGCAGCAGCAGCAGCAGCCGGAGCAGCAGCAGCAGCCGGAGCAGCAGUAGCAGCAGCCGGAGCAGCAGCAGCAGCCACAGCGGCAUCAGCAUCAGCUACAGCAGCAGCCGCAGCUGGAGUAGCUGCUGCGACAGCGGGAGCAGCAGCAGCAGCAGCAGCAGGGGAGGGAGCAGCAGCAGGAGGUGAGGCAGGUAGUGUGGGAUGGUGGCGGCCGUGGGCAGAUAGCCGUGUGAUAGCCACCGUGGCUGUGGCUGGGUGCGGAGCGGCCGAUGGCUUCUCUACCUACGUCCUCGUGUACCUGGUAGGCCGCUCUCUCCUCACCCCCCUCGCCGCUCUCCUUAACGCCGCCUCUCAACAAGCCUCUACCAUGAUCAGCACGCUGGUGACGUCCCCAGGGGAGCGGGGCGGGGCAGGAUGCGACAAAACGGCGCGAGCCCUCUGCCGGGUGGGGCAGGCUGUGAACGUGGCUGUGGACCGCUUCGUCACCGUGGGAGAGACCAUAGCUGACGACAACCCGGAGAUCAAGGUGGACAUGUAUGAAGCCUGCAAGGAGGCUCGGGCCGCAGGUCUGGCCAUUGAGAAGUUGUGCGAGACGGCGGAGGCCAACUUGGUGGAGCCUGGGGUGGGGGUGGGCGGCGUGGGCGGCGGUAGUCGACCAGAAUACCGGGCGUCGAUGAUCCGUGCCGCCCGAGGCCUCCUUUCUUCCGUCACCCGCGUCCUCCUGCUGGCUGACACCGUGGUGGUCAAGCAACUCCUCCUCGCCAAGGAUAAGGUAACUCACAGCUUGUCGAGGUUGGAGAGCGUGACCAACUUCACAGAGUUCGUGAAAGCGUUCAGCCACUUCGGGGCGGAAAUGGUGGAGCUGGCGCACCUAACUGGAGACCGCGCAGCUGAUAUGAAGGACGAACGCAGACGGGCGCAGAUGGCGGCCGCGCGGCAGGUGCUCGACAGAUCUACCAUGAUGCUCCUCACAGCCUCCAAGGUGUGCCUACGCCACCCAGAGUGUCUUACGUCGCGGGAGAACAGGGACACCGUGUUCUGCCAGAUGCGGCGUGCCAUGGACCUCAUCCACUACGUUGUUAAGGACGGCGUGUUGGACUCCGUCAAUGCACAGGGUGAGGCCAGAGUCAACGGCCAGAGUCCGGCCGAGUCUCCAGGCACCCUCAGAACGAGACAAGAGGACUGGGAUAACAAUCACACCAUGUAUGGUGCCAUCCGUCACCUUGAAGACUCUGUGGAGAUGACCAGGAUGACACUGUGUGGACCAGCUGUCAGGGAUCGUCUCUGUCAGGCGGUGGACACAAUCUGUGAGCGUAUGCAGGACUUCACUGACUCUGCCUACACCACACACGAACACAGGGAGAACAUCCUCCUUCUAACAGACAGGAUACGACUCCAAGUUAACCAGCUCUUACGGGUUGGAGUUAAUCUGGAGCAGAAGGAGCCGCCGUCGCCUGGGGACGAGCUAGAGACUGCUAUCAACACAGUGCUCGCUGCUACCAGGGAGAUGAAACAUCAGCUCCAAACCACCGCACUAGUGCAGGCAGAAGAGCUGGUACGUGGGACAUGUGAGGAGAGCGAGCUCAUCAGUGCCCUCAAAAAUGCAGGAUUGGCCACUGACCAGGAGAGGCUGGAUGAGUACGCUGACCGCUUCCUUGAACACAUCGAGCACAUUCAAGAGGUGUGUAAAUUGUUACGACACAUAGCCACAACAGAUUCUCUUCAGGUGGCAGCCAAGUAUGGAGAGAUCAACCUAAGGAUAUAUGGCCCUCAGGUUGUAACUGCAGCGCAGACCCUCUGCUUAUAUCCUACUUCCAAGAUUGCCAAAGAAAAUGUUGAAGUAUUUGCCGACAUGUGGCUAAAUUUGGUGGGCGACGUCAAGAGCCUGACCAAGGACAUAGGCGACCAGAUCACAGCGGAGAACAAACCACCAGAGAAGCAGGUGUACAUGUCCCUACCACGCCCGGGGGUUCAACAGGUUGAAACUGGUUAUCUGACUUCCCCUCAGAAACAUGGAACUACAAGUAAGCCGCCCAAACCCACGAAGCUGGACCAAGAGGAGCAGGCCAAAUUAGCAAAGUCUGGCUUGGAUAUGAAACUCAUAUCAUCAGAAGUAGAACAAGAGACUGAAAAGUGGGAAGAACGCAUCACCCAAGAUGAGGACAAUGACAUAGUAAAACGGGCCAAAAAUAUGUCCUCGAUGGCUUUUUCAAUGUAUCAGUUCACACGGGGUGAAGGAGCUCUCAAGACUACCCAGGAUCUCUUCACACAGGGAGAAUACUUUGCAGAAGAAGCAAACAGAUUGUACAAAGUUGUUAGACAGUUUUCAUAUCAGGUUCCAGCAGGUCCACACAAAAAGGAGUUGAUGGAGCACUUGGACCAAAUUCCAACUUAUGUUCAACAGUUACAAUUCACCGUUAAAAACCCUACAGUUGGAAAGGCUGCAACCUUCACUAAAGUGGAUAAUGUUAUACAGGAAACCAAAAACCUAAUGAAUGUCAUAUCAAAGGUGGUGACAACUUGUUUCGUCUGUGCAACAAAGUACAAUUUGGAUUUCCGAGGCCUAAGCCCAAGAGGAAGAGGAAACUCCCCAUACAGGUCAGAUGGUGAAGAUGUCUCUGGCUCCGGCAACAACUCUGCCACGGGUGGGGGAACAGGCUCGGAAGGGAACAUGUGACAAUUUGGGAUGGCCCGGCGGGGCAAGGGAGAUGCACGCCGCACGCGUGUCUCCUUCCUUCUCUUCUAAAUACAUAUACUGAGGAGAAGACCCUGCCCGGGCCACAGGAGAAGAGGGGCAGAGAAUCUUUGGCUUUGUUGUUAAUAACUGUUGGGAUCCCCCUCAGCAUCUAUUUAUUAUUAUAGAGGCUGACUUAUGCUUCCACUGCAGCUUCUUGUUGUGCUCCUUUUGGUGCUAAACCAGUACAGUACUUAUCAUGUUAGUUACAGUAAGGAGUUUUCAUAACCACUUUUACAUGAUGAAACGUCAUUAGCACAAAGAAAAUGCUGUAUAAACACUGAAAAGAAAAGAAAGAGUAAUGAUGGCACAAUAUUCAAAACAUGAUCAAAGCCUUACUCAUUUUUAAAGGAUCAUUGUAUUUAUUAAGAAACAACAAAACUGUAUUUUCUCUGCCCCCAUCUCCCUUUAGGUUAUUUAGUUUUACUGAUGGAUGAAACAAAAUUAAUGUUAAAGGUUCAGUAGACUCAGGUUAAGGAUUUUUUUGACAGCAACAAAAAGAACUUUCUAAAGAAAAUUAGAAGAAUAAAUGUACUAAGUACAUUUAAAAAUUAAAACAGAAUAUAUAAAGGCAUAGGAGUGAAUAAAAGGCAACUCAUAAAAGGGUAUAGAAUGACAUUAGUUUAUUUAAGGAGUAACAACUGGGAUAAUUGUCUCUCCAGGAACAAUGGCAAUAAGAACUAAUAAGGAGAGUUGGUAUGGCUCUUUGUUGCUCUGUUAGUUAGUCCAGAGCUUCUGUAAUCAAAGGCAUACAGGCUGGACUCCUUAACCCUGCACUGUCAGCAUAUGGUGAUGGAUAAAACACUGCCGUGACUGGACCAUUGUCACCAAUGAAAUCUGUUUACCAUGAAAUCAAUAACUAGUGUGUGUGUGCGUGCAUGCGUAAGUUUUCACAAGUUUGUGUACUUGCCUGACAAAUGAGUAAAGUGGAUCAGUUACUUUCAUUGGUGACUUAAGUCAGUACAGUACGUAUUAAAGAGAUGACUACAGCUUGGUAAACUCACAACAAACUUGCCUUAUGUUACCUGUUAUAUUAAAAUGUAUUCAUGAAUUCAAUUACUAGUAAUGCAACAUGCCCAGCUUACCAGUUUUCACAAUACUCUUCAUAGAUGUUACCUUGCUUACACUCCAACAGCAUAUUGCAUUGCAAAAGCCACAUGCUUAAACUCAUACCAGUGCAAAACAUGCACGAGCUUGCUGGAUACUCAAGCCCCACUAUUGGUCAAUGUAUCUUGCUCCUUCCUUUCUAAUUAAAAAAAAUAUCUCCAAAAUCCCUCUUCUACUCCUUUAAUUAUAUGUUUCAUACCAUCACACCUAAGUGCUUCACUACUUUUUUCAGCAUGAUAUUCACACCACACAUUGAUCUCAUAUAUGACAUCUUCACUGGCUUUCAAUUUUUUUUGCCGUAAUAUUCAGGUACCAUACUUUACUCCAUAUUGUUUUAAAAGAGUUGUCCUCAUUUUGUUAUAUUCUCCUUUUUGCCUCCAUUGCAAAACUUCUUUCCAUAGAUUCUGCAACACCCUAAUUACCUUCUUUCCCAAAUUUAUUCUUUGAUACAUCUCAUCAUUAUUAGAUCCAUUUGCCAACACAUCCACUUUCAAAUACAUUUAUUUAUUCCAUUCUCCUUCCCUCCAAUCUGGCAAUUAGUCUUUCAUUAUCUACAGUCUCUUUUUACUCUUAUCACUCUACUCUUCUAUGUUCACAUUCAAUUUUUUCCACUUAAGGAGCAACUACAAAGCCUCCCAUCUAACAUUCAUUUCUUUUGCAGCCAUAUGCAUGAAUGCAAUUAACAACCAUAAGGACCAACCUGCCUCGUGCCGUUCACGGAGAACAAGUAAUUUUUAAAGUGAUAAACUUUAGUAAGAGCCUCCCCAGUGCCAGACCUUUCCUGUCUGUCAUGUAAUUUGCUUAUAUGUGUGUGUAUAUAUUAUGUACGAAUGAAUGCAUAUAUAAAGGUGCAUGUGUGUAUUUGUGUGUGUCUGUGUGUGUGUAUUUGUAUAUGUUUGUAUUUGUAUGUACGUAUGUGUAUUUUGUAGGUGUGUGUAUUUGUAUGUGUUUGCAUUUGUGUGUGUGUGUAUUUGUAUGUGUGCAUAUUUGUGUGUGUGUGUAUUUGUGUGUGUGUACUCACCUAGUUGUGGUUGCAGAGGUCAAGUCAUAGCUCAUGGCCCCCACCUUUUCACUGGUCACUACUGUGUCACUCUUCCUGCUCCAUGCACUUUAUCAUACCUCUUCUUAAAGCUAGGUAUGGAUCCUGCCUCCACUACAUCACUUCCCAGACUAUUCCACUUCCUGACAACUCUGUGACUGAAGAAAUACUUCGUAAUGUCCCUGUGAUUCAACUGAGUCUUCAACUUCCAACUGUGACCCCUUAUUGCUGUGUCCCAUCUCUGGAACAUCUUGUCUCUGUCCACCUUGUCGAUUCAUCACAGUAUUUUAUAUGUCGUUAUCAUAUCCCCCCUAUCUCUCCUGUCUUCCAUUGUUGUCAAUUCGAUUUCCCUUAGCCUCUCCUCCUAGGAUAUACCCCUUAGCUCCGUGACUAGUCUUGUUGCAAACCUUUGCACUUUCUCUGGUUUCCUCACAUGCUUGGCUAGGUAAGGGUUCCAAACUGGCACUGCAUACCCCAAUAUGGGCCUCAAGUACACAGUGUACAGGGUCCUGAGUGACUCCUUAUUUAGAUGUCGGAAUGCUGUUCUUAGGUUUGCCAGGUGCCUGUAUGCUGCAGCAGGUAUUUAGUUGAUGUGCGCCUCAGAUGUGCCCGGUGUUAUACUCACCCCAAGAUCUUUUUCCUUGAGUGAGGUUUGUAGUCUCUGGCCCCCCUAGACUGUACUCCGUCUGCGGUCUUCUUUGCCCUUCCGCAAUCUUCAUGACUUUGCACUUGGUGGGGUUGAACUCCAGGAGCCAUUUGCUGGACCAGGCCUGCAGCCUGUCUAGAUCUUCCUGUAGUUCUGCCUGGUCCUCAUCCAACUGAAUUCUUCUCAUCAACUUCACAUCAUCCACAAACAGGGAUACUUCGGAGUCUACUCCUUCUGUCAUGUCGUUCACAAAUACUGUACAUACCAGAAACAGCACUGGUCCUAGGACUGAUCCCUGUGGCACCCUGCUCGUUACAGGCGCCCACUCUGACACUUCGCCACGUACCAUGACUCGCUGUUGUCUUCCUGACACCUGAUCCAUUGUAGUGCCUUCCCUGUUAUCCCUGCCUUGUCCUCCAGCUUUUGCACUAAUCUUUUAUAUGGAACUGUGUCAAAUGCCUUCUUACAGUGUGUGUAUGCAUUUGUGUGUGUGUGUGUGUGUGUGUGUGUGUGUGUGUGUGUGUGUGUGUGUGUGUGUGUGUGUGUGUGUACUCACCUAGUUGUACUCACCUAGUUGAGGUUGCAGGGGUCGAGUCUGAGCUCCUGGCCCCACCUCUUCACUGGUCGCUACUAGGUCACUAUCCCUGAACCGUGAGCUUUAUCAUACCUUUGCUUAAAGCUAUGUAUGGAUCCUGCCUCCACUACAUCACUUCCCAAACUAUUCCACUUCCUGACUUCUCUGUGGCUGAAGAAAUACUUCCUAACAUCCCUGUGAUUCAUCUGUGUCUUCAGCUUCCAAUUGUGACCCCUUGUUUCUGUGUCCCUUCUCUGGAACAUCCUGUCUUUGUCCACCUUGUCAAUUCUUCACAGUAUUUUGUAUGUCGUUAUCAUGUCUCCCCUAACCUUCCUGUCCUUCAUUGUCGUCAGGCCGAUUUCCCUUAACCUUUCUUACUAGGACAUUUCCCUUAGCUCUGGAACUAGCCUUGUUGCAAACCUUUGCACUUUCUCUAAUUUCUUGUGUGCUUGACCAGGUGUGGGUUCCAAACUGGUGCUGCAUACUCCAGUAUGGGCCUGACAUACACGGUGUAUAGAGUCUUGAACAAUUCUUUACUGAGGUAUCAGAAUGCUAUUCUUAGGUUUGCCAGGUGCCCAUAUGCUACAGAAGUUAUCUGGUUCAUGUGCACUUCAGGAGAUGUGCUUGAUAUUAUACUCACCCCAAGAUCCUUCUCCUUGAGUGAGGUUUGCAGUCUUUGGCCACCUAUCCUAUACUCUGUCUGCAGUCUUCUUUGCCCAUCCCCGAUCUUCAUGACUUUGCAUUUGGCGGGGUUAAAUUUGAGGAGCCAGUUGUUGGACCAAGCUUCCAGCCUGUCUAGGUCUCUUUGUAAUCCUGCCUAGUCCUCAUCUGAUUGAAUUCUCCUCAUUAACAUCACAUCAUCUGCAAACAGUGACACUUCUGAGUCUGUACCUUCCAUCAUGUCAUUCACAUAUACCAAAAAUAUCACUGGUCCUAGGACUGACCUCUGUGGAACCCCACACGUCACAGGCGCCCACUGUGAUGCCUGGCCAUGCACCAUGACUCGUUGACUCCCUGUCAGGUAUUCUCUGUUAUACGUGCCUGAUCCUCUAGCUUUUGCACUACUCUCUUGUGGGGAACUGUGUUGAAGGCCUUCUUGCAGUCCAACAAAAUGGAGCCUACCCACCCCUCUCUCUCUCUCUCUUGUCUUAUUUCCAUUACCUUGUCAUAAAACUCCAGUAGGUUUGUGACACAGGAUUUGCCUUCCAUGAAUCCAUGCUGGUUGUUGUUUAUAAGCUUGUUCUAUUCUAGGUGCUCCACCACUCUCCUUUCCUGAUAAUCUUCUCCAUACUAUACACAUCAAUGACACUGGUCUGUAGUUUAGUACCCCAUUUCUGUCUCCUUUCUUAAAAAUGGGGACUACAUUUGCCAUCUUCCAUACCUCAGGUAGUUGCGAAGGUUUCAGUGGAUGUGUUGAAAAUUGUGGUCAGUGGAACACACAGCAUCUCUGCUCCCUCUCUAAGAACCAACAGAGAGAUGUUGUCCAGUCCCACCACCUUUGAGGUAUCAAGGUCACUUAGCAGCUUCUUCACCUCCUCCUUGGUUAUGUGUAUUUCAUCCAACACUUGUUGGUAUAUCCCGUGUUGGUGUACCCUCUGUUCUGACCUCCCAGAGACCUUUCUGUCUCCACUAUAAAUACUUCCUUAAAUCUCAUGUUGAGCUCCUCGCAUACUUCUUGGUCAUUUCUUGUGAGCCCCCCACCUUCUUUCCUCAGCCUGAUUACCUGGUCCUUAACUGUUGUCUUCCUCCUGAUGUGGCUAUACAACAGCUUCAGGUCAGACUUGACUUUCGAUGCUGUAUAAUUUUCGUACAGUUGCUGGGCCUUCCUCCUUACCUGUGCACACUUGUUUCUGGCUCUUUGACUAAUCUCUUUAUUUUCCUGGGCUCUUUGUCUUCUGUACUUUUUCCAUUCUCUAGUCCACUUAGUUUUUGCCUCCCUACACCUUUGAGUAAACCAAGGGCUAAAUCCCAUUAUUUCUGUUGCCCUUGGGAACAAACCUUUCCUCUGUCUCCUUGCAUUUUGAUGUUACAUAGUCCAUCAUUUUGUUUACUGACUUUCCUACCAGUUCUCUUUCCCACUGAACCUCUUGCAGGAAGUUCCUCAUACCUGUAUAGUCCUCCCUUUUGUAGUUUGGCCUUUACCAUCCUACUCCUGUUACCCUCUCCACUUAUAACUCUUUGUAUUCAAAGCUCAGAACCAUAUGAUCACUAGCUCCAAGGGGCCUUUCAUAUGUGAUGUCCUCAAUGUCCGAGCUACUCAGGGUGAACACGAGGACAAGUCUUGCUGGUUCAUCCUCCCCUCUCUCUCUGGUAGUGUCCCUAACAUGUUUAUGUAUGAGGUUUUCCAGUACUAUAUCCAUCAUCUUGGCUUUCCAUGUUUUGGGACCCCAAUGCGGUUCCAGGUUUUCCCAAUCAAUCUCUUUGUUACUGAAAUCGCCCAUAACUAGUAACUUUGCUCUACCCAUGUGAGCUCUUCUGACCACCUCAGCUAGUGUGUUCACCAUUCAGUCACUGUUGUGUGAGAAGUGUUCAGAUGUCACAUUUCCAGUGAUCCUCUGAACUUUAACAUUCCCACUCAGGAAAAGUAUCUGUAACAUUCUCACUCAGGAAAAGUAACUGUAACAUUCCUACUCAGGAAAUGUGAUUAGCUGGAUUUAAAUCCAACUAAUCACUUUUCCUGACUUCAUAAAUCUUACCCUAUGCUCCAGUGGCACAUCAGAUCCUUGUCUCCACUCACUCUGAUCUAACAUGAUCACACAUGCCUGCUGGAUGCCAUGGGCAGCUCAAGAGUUUUAUAUAGGAGAGGUUUAGGGGGUGGCACUCUGAAAUGGUGGCUAGAUGACAGUGGUUGCAUCAAGGGAAGGGCUUGAGGGGAGGGGGGAUUCAGCCCUCCAAAAUUAUUACAGCCCCCAAAUAUAAAUAGUAACAAUAAUAAUUAGAAAUAAUAAUAAGGUGCUUCCUAGCACCUCAUCCAACCAGAUAGCCACCCCUAAGCCUCGGACCCAUCCCAAUAUAGAAAUUCUGGAUCCACUCCUGCUAGAGGACCUAUCUUGAAGUUGUCUUUGCAGAGCAAGCACACUGUUUUUACUGGGGAUAUUUGAGAAUGGACUUGCCAGCAGAUGGGUCUGUGAAAGACGAGGUGAACCAUAAAAUGGAUGAGGGGUAAAAGGUGAGGGGGGAGGGAUAACAUGCAUUGAGGAAUCCGUAGAGACAAGGAACUUUGACCAUGAAGGCAAAAAAAAGGGAAAUGUACCAAAUUGUAGCAGUAUCAGCACUGUUAUGUGGGUGUAAGGCAUGGGCUUUAAAUGUUGCAACAAGGAGGAGGCUUAAGGCAGUGGAGAUAGCAUGUUUGAGCACAAUGUUUGGUGUGAAUUUUAUGCAGAGAAUUAGGAGUGUGAAGAUUAUAUGAUGAUGUAGAAUUAUGACAAGUAUAAUUCAGAGGGCUGAAGAGGACUUACUGAGGAUGGACAGAACAGGAUGACUAAGAUGGUAUAUAAAUCUGGAGUGGAAGGAAGGAAGGAGUAGUUGGGGUCAUUUCAGAAAGGGUUGGAGGGAGAUAGUAAAGGUUUUGAGUGCUAGGAGCUUGAGCAUCCAAUAGGCUUAUGUGAGUACAUUAGAUCAGAAUGAGUGGAGAUUGAUUUUUAUGACUCGACAUGCAAGGUAACAUUUAUGAACAAAUUCAGGGAAACCAGUUAGCAAGAUUUGAGUCCUGGAGGUGGGAAAUAUAGUGUCUGCACUCAAGCAGAGGUGAUAAUGUUACACUGCAGAGGGUCACCUGAAUUGUGAUGUCAGUACACUUUUGGCAAGACACUGAUUGAGUGGAUAAAGGUGAAAGUCUUUCCUCCAGUUUUGGGUCACCCUACCUCAGUGGGAGAUGGCUAGUGUGUUAACAUUUAUGAUAUAUUCUCUCUUUUUUUUUUUUUUUUUUUUUAACAAGUCGGCCAUCUCCCACCGAGGCAGGGUGACCCAAAAAGAAAGAAAAUCCCCAAAAAGAAAAUACUUUCAUCAUCAUUCAACACUUUCACCUCACUCAAACAUAAUCACUGUUUUUGCAGAGGUGCUCAGAACACAACAGUUUAGAAGCAUAUACGUAUAAAGAUGCACAACAUAUCCCUCCAAAUUGCUAAUUUCCCAAAACCGAAAAAAACUGUCAACUUGAAUGAUUCGAUCUCUUGAUAAUAAGAAUUUUGGUGGUGGCUGCCACAACCUGUAUGUAUUUAUUUAUUUGUGUGUAAGAGAUGAAGUGGAAGGGGAAAGGCAGAGAAAUGGAAAAAAGGGAGGGGAUGACCAACAGACAGACAAAAGUAAGUUAAAGAAUGAUGGGGAGACAAAAAUAUGUUUGAGGAGAACAAGAAAAAAGAGAUACACACUGACAGGCAAUUCACUGCUUUUUAGUCCAAGGACUGACCAGAAAAUUUUUUGUCCAUCCCUCAGAGUCUUUAAGUCAGGGGGGGGGCUUUCCAACCUUUUCUAGGCCCCACACCCCUAGGAAAUAUUUGAUUAAUGUUGCACUCCCUACAAAAAUAAUAUCACAUUGGAAGAUGAAGUACAUAAAAUUCAAAUAUAAAUUGAGCAGUUAAAAAUUUUUUUGGUAAAAUAAACAGAAUUGUGCUUUUCAUUAGGACUCUUUGUUGCACCCCAUGAAAUGCCAUCUCACACCCCCUAGGGGUGCAUGCACCCCAGUUUGGGAAUCCCUGGGGUGCACACAGAUUGAUAACUGCUGUCUUCAGUUAUCAAUCUGGCAUGAGAAUUUUCUGUUGAAUCAUCAGAGGCAAAGAGACUAGCUUAUAGAUAAUAACAAGGAUUUACUUUAUCAAGAAAUUCCUUUCAUUGUACCGUAUAAGUUGUUAUAGCAAGUGUUUUGUUGUGAGUUUAUGUCCUAAAAGACCAUCUCUUGCUCUUGAACACCUGUACCUUACUUAGCUUUGUAGCUCAUGAUUUUCAUUUUUACAUAUCAGUAUUUUCUAGUUUAAAAGCUUUACUAAAAGGGUAAAUUGGAAAAUGGAUUUUAACAUGACUCGACAGUGUUAAGAGGUAUGGCCUGACAUGGACUGCCCCAAAGAUUAUAUUUUUGAGCUGCAUUAGUGUGCUUUGUAUAGUAGAUAAAUAAUCCUAAUUUUUGUAUAUGAUAUAUAUAAAAACUGAUGUUCAUCAAUAACCAGUAAUCUUCAGUUCUUUUGCUUGCUUCUAACUUGAAGGCUUAUUAUGCCAUCUUGAUAAAGAAGACUUAUUUGCUCAAAAUAUUCAGUAAAUUCAAGCAUUUUUGGAAGGGUCCAUUGUAAGUAUUGGAAACUAAGGAAAUCACAGUUUUUCAUACAAAUAUUCAAUAGCAUUUAUUGAGCCAUGUAAAUUCAUAUGGAUUACUGGUGUUGAUUUAUUAUUAUUACUAAUGUUAUUGUCAUUAUUUUUGUUAUUAUUAAUAUUGGUUUAUUAUAAUUAUUAUUAUUAUUUUUAUUAUUAUUAUUAUUUUUAUUAUUAUUAUUAUUAUUUUUAUUACUAUUACUGAAGAAAGAUAUCUGCUUUCCUUAGAUAUACCCUUCCAUGAUAUGUACGUGAAUCCAUAGUUGAUAUAUUGUUGUAGUAGGUGAGAUUUUUCAGGGUAAUUCAUGACUAACUAAGUCACUAUAUUUGUUGAUAUUCUUUAGAACUUUGUACAAAAUGUGUGUACAUUAAUUUAACUGUUGCUGCUGCCUAGUCAUUCCAUGAAAACAGGGUUACACUCUCAAAUCUUGUUAAUUUGUACCUCUGUGAAAAGUCUAAACAAACUAGGAAAGAAUUGGGAAUGGGAAUAUUCAGUAAGUUAAUGAAUGUUAGUAAUUUUUAUCAUUGUGAUAUAGGAGUUGCUGGGCCCAUUUAUAAGUAUAUGGGACAUGACAAAACGUAGAUGACUUAUUAAACCACUCAUGGUAAAUUUAUUGUCUAAUGAAUAGUUUGUGUGUGUGUGUGUGUGUGUGUGUGUGUGUGUGUGUGUGUGUGUGCGUGCGUGCGUGCGUGCGUGCGUGCAUGCGUGUGUGCGUGCGUGCGUGCGUAAAAAUGAGGGAUAGUGAAAUUAGGUAUGAUGGAGGCCAAAUUAACAAGGUUUAUAAGUACUAUAUUGCAGAUUGUUAACUACUCACUCUCCCCACACUGAAGCAUCGUUCUGUGAUAAAGUGUGAUGGAAGAACCUAGCCUAAGUAGUGAUCAUUGCAAAUCAAACAAAAUUAAUACACUAUUGGUAUGUUUAGUUGACAGCAGUACAUGUUCUUGAAGUAAAAUCAUAGUCACAAAAACUGCUAAACUCAUAUAGGUCAUUCAACAGUCUUGAAUGAAAAAAUAUAGUAAUACUUUUUGAUCUAGAGGCCUGUAUACUAUUCUGUUAUACAAAAAUAAAGUUUUCUUCCCUGUUAUUUGAGGGUAAAUAUGAUAUGCUAAGUCAAAUUGAAGACAUUUAAGGCACUUAGUAUACUUCAUGGUUUAGUAUUGUCAGCAUAUCAUUCUCUGUAUACAGUGGAACCUCUAUUAUCUAACCCUCUGAUAACCACCAAUUAUUCUAUUUUUGGGCAGUAAUGAUUUAAAAUGACUUAGCACUUUUCAGGUGGCAAGUCCAAGGAAUAAUUCUUUUGGUCAACCAGACUUGGCAACUGCACUCAUGUUGUUGUGAACUGCCUCCAGUGUCAUAACCUAACUAGAGCCAUAUUAAUGUAUAUAUUAAUAUAAUGUUGAGAUUUCCCAUUAGAAGGCAGAAUCAAAGAAAAUAAUAUGGUUUCCAGCGGGCCCACUGAGCAUAUUUUAAAAAAUGACUCCAUGCCUGCCUUAGAUUUUGAGCUACAAGCAUCACCAUGCAAAAGUUCAUAUUGCUGUAUCUCCUUAAAUAUAACUCUAAAUGUAAUAUUAUUGAGGUUAACAAGUUGCACAACCAAAGAGAAAACAAACCUAAGACUUUUAAAAAGGCUUAUCAGUCAUCACCAAACAUUUAAUGUUGGUAUAAACAUCUGGUGUUUUAUGAGAGCCUACAGUAGUGAAAGUCAUAUUAGCCAUAGGCCUACAAUAUCUGAUAGGGACUUAGCCCCAACAUAACAUAACUUAACAAAUUUCAUUAUGCUUUAUAACCAUUUAUAGUAUCUUUAAAGGUAUAAAAUACUCUAUAAAUGCAAAUGGUUAUGUCAUACACACGCUGUUUUUGUAUGUAUUUAUGUGUGUACAGGCAUGUGUGAUUAGUUUGCCUGUUUGCAGUCACAGAACUGCUCAUAAUGUCUCCAUCUCUAGUGUUUAACCCUUUCAGGGUUUUCAACAUACUAGUACGGCUUACGCACCAGGGUUAUUGACGUGCUAGAACGCCUAAAUUCUAGCACCUUAAAAUCUAGCGAGAGAAAGCUGGUAGGCCUACAUAUGAAAGAAUUGGUCUAUGUGGUCAGUGUGCGCAGUAUAAAAAAAAUCCUGCAGCACACAGUGAGUAAUGAGAAAAAAAAAAACUUUGACGGUGUUUUUGGAUUAAAACAGCGACUUUGCACUGUAUUUUUGUAUGGUAUUUAUGGUUGUAUUCUAGUUUUCCUGGUCUCAUUUUAUAGAAUGGAAGACAUAUUACAGAAAUUGAGAUGAUUUUGAUUGGUUUCACAUUAAAAAAUACCUUGGAAUUGAGCUCAAAGUAGCAGAAAUGUUCGAUUUUUACCAAAGUUCAAAAGUAAACAAAUCAUGCCAAGCGUCCAAUACACCUCAACUGGUGAGUCAAAUAUUCUUUCACAAGUGCGCGGAUAUUAUUUUUACCAUUUCUACACUAAUCCAGUAGUCUGCAUAACAGUAAAUCUAUUUUUUGUGAGAAUAAAAAUUCAAAGUGGAAAGCAAAAGAAAUAUAAGAGGGGCCUGGGGACGUGACUAACGAACAGAGAACUUGUUAUUUUAGUGCCAGGAAUGUCUGUCUUGUUUAUUCUGGACCCUAUUUGGAAAUUGGCAUCUUCUGAAAUUUGUGUGAAAUUGGCAAAAUUCCCAAUUUCUAAUCACUUUAUUGGAUAGUUGAAAUUGGAAAAUGAGUGGUUUCUUGUACUCAUUCGAUAGAAAAAAUGGAGUUCUAGUGAAAUAAAUAUGAUUUUUGUCGACUAGUACACAGAAAUUGGCUGAAAAUAGGGCUCAAAAGUGGGCAAAAUCGCCGAUGUUUAUGCAUCGGCGAGACCGCUAAAUUUGUGAGAGCAUAAUUCCGUAAGUUUUCCUUCAAAUUUCAUACUUUUGGUGUCAUUAUGAUCGGGAAAAGAUUCUCUAUCAUUUCAUAAGAAAAAAUAAUUUUUUUUUUCCGAAAAAUUUUCGACCCUGAGAACACGUUUAGGAGAGGGCCUCUCGACCCUGGAAGGGUUAAUCUAUCUUGCAUACAACUUCUGUUGUUCUGCCACUGUUAACAUAGCCUUACUGAUAUCCUUUUUUAAGUGCCAUUUUUUCCAGGACAAGCACCUAAAGUCGGUUCCUGACCCUCUGGGCUGUGGCUCGUACGUUGGUUUGCGUGCGGCCAGCAGCAACAGCCUGGUUGAUCAGGCUCUGAUCCACCAGGAGGCCUGGUCACAGACCGGGCCGCGGGGGCGUUGACCCCCGGAACUCUCUCCAGGUAAACUCCAACCAUGGCCUCUUAUUUUCCCUAUUGAGUACAAAAAAAUUUUCUUUAUCUGCUUUCAUUUGUAUAAUUUUUUUUUUUACCUUAUACAGCAUAUAGUCAUGUCUCCUUUCCACCACAUUCUGUUCCUCUCAUCUGCCACAUUCCUUCCUCCUCUCAUUUGCCACAUUCUUUCUUCCCUCCUCUUUUCUGCCACAUUAAUUUCCUCCUCUCUUCUGCACAUUUUUUCCUCCUGUCUUCUGCCACAUUUUUUUCCUCCUCUCUUCUGCCACAUUCCUUUCCUCCUUUCAACUGUCACAUUCAAAACUGCUUGUGUUGCAUCUUCAGCAAACAGAAAGAGUUUAUCUUGUGUUUGAUGUUUGGUUAUUCUGAUGUUCAGAUCAACUGAUGUGCAGACUCCUUUAGCACAUUCCACAGUUUAGGACUUUAUAAUCUUUUAAUGGGGGGUUGCCAUUUACAGAUUACAGUACUGUAAUUUUCACAAUUGUCUUGGCACUCGCUCCAUCACUGUCAGUGUCAUUGGUUGAAAUAAAUACCCAUUAGAGCUAUCACUGGUUGGACUAAAUACCCAUCAGAGCUAUCAUUGGUUGGAUUAAAUACCCAUCAGAGCCUUAUGGUGCCCUGUGGCCUGGUGGCUAAAGCUCUCACUUCACACAGCGAGGGUAGAAACAUUGGGCAUGCUUCUUUGCACAAGUUGUCUAUGUUCCUCAUCAGUAAAAUGGGUACCUGGGAGUUAGGCGACUGGUGUGGGUUACAUCUUGGGGCAAAACUGACCUAAUUUGCCCAAAAUGCUCUGCAUAACAAGUGGCUUUUUGUAUAGUAGUGUCACUGAUGGCAGCAAAGCCUGUAUACCUUGUACAUGUACUUGUAGAUAUAAAGAUAUUAUUAUUAUUGGUUGGACUAAAUACCCAUCAGAGCUAUCAUUGGUUGGACUAAAUAUCCAUAAGAGCUAUCAUUGGUUGGAUUAAAUACCCAUCAGAGCUAUCAUUGGUUGGACUAAAUACCCAUCAGAGCUGUCAUUGGUUGGACUAAAUAUCAGUCAGAGCUAUCAAAUUACAGUUGAGCUUUUGGUCAUCUUGUCAUCACUGUUGUUCGUAAGGAAAGGGACUUCUUCUGCUGCUGCACAUUCAACACAUAAACCUUAUUUUCUCCGAAUUUUGUCAGUAUUAUUACUACAGUAUAAUUAGUUAUGUCAGUAUUAUUAUUAUAGUAUAAUCAGUUUUGUCAGUAUUAUUACUACAGUAUAAUUAGUUAUGUCAGUAUCAUUUCUACAUUAUAAUUAGUUAUGUCAGUAUUAUUACUGCAGCACAAUCAGAAACAAGUGGGUUGUACUGACAGUCCUACAUCUUUUGAUACUUCCAUUAUUCCAUUUAUCAGAGAGUACGUAUUUCAACUACAAUUUGAAUCUCCUGGCAACCCCGACAUGUGACUCUGCCCUUCCCUCUGAGAGUACCACCUUUAAUGUAGUUUUAUUCUAUGAUUUCUUAACUCAAACUGAACUACUGCAAAAAAAAAAAAAAAAAAUUAGAUUUUAUUAAUGUACAUUUUGGUACAUCCACUGACAAUGUAGGGUAUGAAAAACAUUUAUUAUUUUUUCCCUUCAGGUCUUCAGUUUGCAACAUGAUUUCAGGAAACAUGUUGCUUUUCAGAAGCAUAAGCAGUGUGUGUGUGUUACUUAUUGUUUACCAAAGGCACUUGUCAAUAGACACUGUACUUACUUAUGUGUGGUUGCAGGGGUCGAGUUUGUGUGUGUGGAUGUGCGUGCAUGUACCUGCGUAUGCCUUGGGCCAUAUCUUGCCUGUAUUUAAAGGUAUUUUCAAAAUUCCUAAUCCAGAUUAUUACACACUUCCUAACCACCCUCAAAUUAAGGAAGUACAUAUAUUGUGACUUCUGUGCAAGACACAUUUUUAUUUCUGGUUUCUAUCUAUGGUCCAUGUUCUCAAUAGGGAUGGGGCUAAACCCAAGAAGGGUGGGGCUUGACAAGAAAGGGGGGCAGGGCUUGAUCAGGAAUAUAUGUAUAUAUGUAUGUGUGUGUGUACUUGCCUAUUUGUGGUUGCAGGGGUCGAUUCAUAGCUCCUGGCCCUGCCUCUUCACUGAUUGCUACUAGGUCCUCUUUCUCCCUGCUCCAUGAGCUUUAUCAUACCUCACCUUAAAAUUAUGUAUGGUUCCUGCCUCCACUACAUCACUUUCUAGGCUAUUCCAUGGCCUGACUACUCUAUGACUGAAGAAAUACUUCCUAACAUCCCUUUGAUUCAUCUGAGUCUUCAACUUCCAACUGUGACCUCUUGUUUCUGUGUCCCAUCUCUGGAACAUCCCGUCUUUGUCCACCUUGUCUAUUCCGCACAGUAUUUUAUAUGUCGUUAUCAUGUCUCCCCUGACCCUCCUGUCCUCCAGUAUCGCCAGGCCGAUUUCCCUCAACCUGUCUUUGUAGGACAAUCCCCUUAGGUCUGGGACUAGUCUUGUUGCAAACCUUUGCACUUUCUCUAAUUUCUUGAUGUGCUUGACCAGGUGUGGAUUCCAAAUGGGUGCUGCAUACUCCAGUAUGGGCCUGACGUAAAUGGUAUACAGAGUCUUGAACGAUUCCUUACUGAGGUAUCAGAACGCUAUCCGUAGGUUUGCCAGACGCCCGUAUGCUGCAGCAGUUAUCUGAUUGAUGUGCACUUCAGGAGAUAUGCUCAGCAUUAUACUCACCCCCAGAUCUUUUUUCUUGAGUGAGGUUUGCAGUCUUUGGCCAUCUAGACUAUAUUGUGUCUGCGGUCUUCUUUGCCCUUCCCCAAUCUUCAUGACUUUGCAUUUGGCAGGGUUAAACUCAAGGAGCCAGUUGCUGGACCAGGCUUGUAGCCUGUCCAGGUCUCUUUGUAGUCCUGCCUGAUCCUCGUCUGAUUUGAUUCUUCUCAUUAACUUCACAUCAUCUGCAAACAAGGACACUUCUGAGUCUAUCCCUUCCGUUAUGUCAUUCACAUAUACCAAAAACAGUACAGGUCCUAGGACCGACCCCUGUGGAACCCCGCUUGUCACAGGCGCCCACUCUGACACCUUGUCAUGUACCAUGACUCGUUGUUGCCUCCCUGUCAGGUAUUCUCUGAUCCAUUGCAGUGCUUUUCUUGUUAUGUGUGCCUGAUCCUCUAGCUUUUGCAGUAACCUCUUGUGAGGAACUGUGUUGAAGGCCUUCUUGCAGUCCAAAAAAAUGCAGUCGAUCCACCUCUCUCUCUCUUGUCUUACUUCUGUCACCUUGUCAUAAAACUCCAGUAGGUUUGUGACACAGGAUUUUCCUUCCCUGAAACCAUGCUGGUUGUCAAUUAUACACUUGUUUCUUUCCAGGUGCU